GGGAGGUGAUACACCCACUGUAGCUAUUUUUCCUGGCAAAGUUCGCGGCGUGGAUCUGCCGGCGCGUUUAUGCUAAAUUUUGCGCGUAUUUUUUAGCUUAUUCUCCUUACCGGGAGAAUUAAGUCUAAACUAGGAAAUCUACAUAUAGCAGGGGACACAUUUGUGUGAGUUUUUAACGUAUUCAGCGUGCAGUUGUCGCGAUGCUGUUCGGUAAGAUAGUCGUGAUCAAGCGAAACGGCGAGGACGGAGCGCACUUCCCUCUCACCGCCAGCUCCUGUCUGUUCGGCAGGACCAAUGAGUGCGACAUCCGGAUCCAGCUGCCCAAUGUUUCCAGGGAGCAUUGUAAGGUGGAUGUGAAAGAUAAUGAGGAGGUUGUGCUGUCCAACCUUAGUGAUGUAAACCCCACCAUCCUGAAUGGCAAGCCUGUCACCAACUCUAUCGUCAUCCAACACAAGGAUGUCUUCACCAUCGUCGACCGCUCCUUCCGCUUUGAGUUCCCUCCAUCCUCCAAGUUCUGUAUCAGCCCGUCUAAGCGCAAGCAGUCGUCCCCGGACAAGUCUGUAAGCUCUGGACCGCUCCAUGAGAUCCAGGACGCUGGGAAGACAGAGGUGCCGGCUGGAACAACCCCGAAGAAGGGGUCGAGCCCACCAAAAAGAGGUAGUGAAAACGCUGGCACCAAGAGCCCUGGUAGGGCCAAGACUCCCAACAAGUCCCCAGGCAAGGCCUCCAAGGCCACCCCAGAGAAGACAGCUACUCCUGCUGCCAAGUCCCCCAAGCAUGCAACUCCUGCCAAGAAGGCAACUCCAAAGAAGUCUCCAGCACGCUCUGCCAGUCCCAAACCUGCAGAAGAGCUGCCCCAGGGUGAGGACUCCUCCCCUGCCUCCAGCCGGCGGGCAAGCUCCCCACUGAAGAAGAGUGGCAAGAAGGCCCCUCCCUUUGGUAGCCCCCGACAGCCUGCCGUGAUGCCGCUGAAGACCAGCAUCACUGAGCUGCGCCGCCGCUCUGCGCCACUUCAGGAGGCCCUUUCUGAGGAGUCGCCAAAAACUCCCAAGACCAAAAAAGCAACACCAGCAAAGGUCACACCCGCCAAGUCUGCAGGCAAGAAGAGGAAGUCUUCCGGACCGUCUGAGUUUGAGUCCCUGUCCAAGCGUGUGUCGUUUGGCCCUGCCCUCAGUCCAGAGCACUUUGACAAGAAGAUGCCUCCAGCCCUGCCCCUGCGCCGUGGGGCAUCACCGAUGACCAGGAGGUCCACCGGAGGCAUCCUGGCUCAAACUCCAGACAUGAAGAAGAGGCGUUUCUCUCUAGCGGUCAGCCCACGAACCACCACCAUAGCCGAGGGAGAAGAGAUCACCCCGAAGAAGGCCACCCCACGUGCGAAGAGCCCCAAGGCAAAGACCCCAUCUCCGAAGGCUAAAACUCCAUCUCCUAAGGCUAAGACUCCAGUGAAGGCUGCCACUCCCAAGGGGAAGACACCUCCCAGGGCGAGGACUCCAUCUCCUAAGGCCAAGACUCCUUCACCCAAAGCCAAGACACCAUCUCCCAAGGCCAGGACCCCAUCUCCGAAAGCCAAGACACCAAAGGCAGCAACUCCUAAGGCCAAGACACCAACUAAGGCUGCUACACCUAAGACCAAGACUCCUCCCAGGGCAAGGUCUCCAUCUCCUAAGGCCAAGACACCUUCUCCAAAGGCCAGGACCCCAUCACCCAAGGCCAAGACACCAUCUCCAAAGGCAAAGACCCCAAAGGCAGUGACUCCUAAGGCCAAGACCCCAGUGAAGGCUGCCACACCUAAGAGCAAGACACCUCCCAGGGCAAGGUCUCUAUCUCCAAAGGCCAAGACUCCUUCACCCAAAGCCAGGACCCCCAGGGCAGCCUCUCCCAAGCAAGUUACGCCCAAGCCUGCCGUUGUGAAAAGGACGCCGACUCCUGCAAGGGUCAAGAUGUCUACUCCAGCGAAGGAGGAGCUCAGGAGGGUGAUUGCCAAGAAGGCUCUAGGAGCCUCGCCCAACUUGGCUCGUCGAUUCCCCACACCAGUGCGUGAAGAGCUCAAGCAGGCUGUCACUGCUCGUGCCGAGAAGCUUUCCCCCAAGAGGUCAGCUACACCAGUCAGGUCUUCUCCUAAGGCUGCCUCUCCCAAGGUGGGUACGCCCAAGUCCACCACACCAGCAAAGGUGGCUACACCCAAGUCUGCCACACCAGUCAGGGCUUCUCCGAAGACUGCUUCUCCCAAGGUGGCUACGCCCAAGUCCGCUACACCGGCAAAGGUGGCCACACCAAAAUCUGCAACACCAGCAAAGGUGGCUACACCCAAGUCUGCCACACCAGUCAGGGCUUCUCCUAAGGCUGCUUCUCCCAAGGUGGCUACACCCAGGUCUGCUACACCAGCCAAGGUGGCUACACCCAAGUCUGCUACACCAGCAAAGGUGGCUACACCCAAGUCUGCUACACCAGCCAAGGUGGCCACACCAAAAUCUGCUACACCAGCAAAGGUGGCUACACCCAAGUCCGCUACACCAGCAAAUGUGGCUACACCCAAGUCUGCUACACCAGCAAAGGUGGCCACACCCAAGGCUAAGGUGGCUACCCCCAAGUCCGCUACACCAGUAAAGGUGGCUACACCCAAGCCCGCUACACCAGCAAAGGUGGCUACACCAAAAUCUGCUACACCGGCAAAGGUGGCUACCCCUAAGUCUGCAACACCUGCAAAGAGGACUCUCAAGAAAGCAGCAACCCCGAAGAAGACACCUAAAAAGACUGCCACCCCAGCGAAGCGUGGGCAGAAGAGAAAGUUGAGCACCCCGAGUGGUGAUGCCCCAGCUGGAAAACGCAGGAAGCAAGUAACAGUGAAGACUCCAAAGAGCACACGCAAGAGUGGUACCCCUGCCCGCAAGACACCAGCUCGCAAGACUCCAGCACGCAAGACACCAGCAAGGAAGACCUGGGCAGACAUUGUCAAGGCAGCCAACAAAAAGUCAACUACCCUGAGUGGACCUGUCGGGGCCAAGAUUGUGAAGACGAAGACUGUCGUCCAAACAGUCGCCAGCAAGAAGCUGUCUCUGGCCAAACGCAAGAGCAUGCUGAAGGCACCCAAGACCCCAAGGGUGGGCGUGAAGACUACAGGGCAUGUCGACUCCCCAGCCACCAUCUUCAUCCGCAAGGCAAGGACUCCAGCAGCCAAACCACAGAAAGCUCCUACCAAGUUCCGCAAGGGUCGCAAGUCCGGUGUCACCAAGAAGAGCGCCGUGGAGUCCGCUGACGACAGCUUCACAGGAAUGCAGGAGAUGUUCACCACUCCGUCACCUAAGCGCAAGGCCACACCCAAGCAGAGCUCUUCUAAGAAGACCCCCAAGUCUGCCUCCAAGACUCCAAAGUCAGCCCAGAAGUUGAGUGUUUCCAGCCUGUAUGCCGAUCUGCAGACCCCCAACAGCCCCGGGGAGAUGUACGUGUCUCCCCUGAACACCCCCACUCCAAGGCGAGGCAGGAACAGUGCAGUACUCGCUGGCGUUGCUCGUCUGUUGAAGACACCAAAAGAAGCAAGCUCCCCCAUGGUCAGUCCAGCAGGCAUCAAGAGGCUCACCAAGACCCCCAAGACUAAGGGUGCUGCAGUCAACAGCCCCGCUGGUCUGAAGCGUAUCAUGAAGACCCCGAAAGCAGCAGCGGCUUCCCCUGUUCACAGCCCAUCUGGCAUCAAGCGCAUUCUGAAGACCCCGAAAGGACAACCUGGCAAACCUGUGGAGAGUCCCACUGGCCUGAAGCGCAUCUUCCACACCCCGAAGAACAAGUCAGCUCCAUUGGAAGACUUCCGUGGCCUCAAAAGGAUGAUGACAACUCCCAGUCAAAAGGCGCUAGAUGUCUACGAGUUCACAGAUGACUACACUGGGCUCCAAGAGAUGUUCGCCUCCCCAGUGUCUACUACGCCUGCAAGGAAGACACCAGCCAAAACCCCGGCAAGUAAGAAGAAGGCACCAGCAAGUGCCAAGAAGCCUGCCAGUGCCAAGAAGCCUGCCAGCGCCAAGAAGCCUGCCAGUGCUAAGAAGGUAGCAAAGGCAGCCGAACCUACCCCUGUCAAAUCACCAGCUAAACAUGGAAGCAAGAGGUCCCGUGUCGAGGAACUUUCUGACACAGCAGAAGAAACCACCAAGUCACCACCAGCAAAGCGUGGCCGCCAGGCCAAGAAAGUCACCAUCGAUGUACCACCAACUCCUGAGCCUGCUCCCAAGAAGACAAGGAAGACCAGGGCUACCAAACCAGCUGCAAAGGAGCCAGUGGCUGAAGUGGAAGUUGUCAAGGCAGUCAGCCCAAAGAAGUCCCCAGAAAAGCCAACCAAGCGGGCCAUUCGUAGGGGUAAAGCACCAGCAGCACCAGAGACUCAAGAGGAAGCUCCAGCACCGACCCGCGCCACUCGUGGGCGUGGCAAGAAGGCGGCCGCUAAAGUCGUUGAGCCGGAAGUGGUGGCUUUCAGUCCUGAGAAGGUGGCCUCACCUGCUAAACCUGCCUCACCUGUCAAGAAGACAAGAGGAGGGAGGAAAGCACCUACAAAGAAGAUUGUGGAGGAGGCUGCUCCAGAACCUACACCCAAAGCUGCCUCACCUGUGAAGCGUACGAGGCGUGGAGCCAAAGAAGCAGAACCAGAGGUCAUCGAGGUCGCUGAUUCUCCCGUGAAGCCCAAGAGGGGAGCGAAAAGGGCGGCAGCAACUCAGGAACCCGUGGCAGCUUCUCCAGCCAAGAAGACACGUACUACAAGGCGCGGAAAGGCAGCUGUCAGCGAGAAAGAGAAGGAGGAAACACCAGCCCCUGCCUCUCCUGUGAAGGCACCAGCAAAGCGAGGCAGGGCCGCAAGGGCUACGAAAAAAGAAGAGGCUGAAGAGCCCACCCCAGCUGAAGUACCAGCCAAAAAGGCGCGCACCACAAGAGCUAAGGCAGCAGUAGUGGAGGAAGCUGCACCAGCUAAAGUUCCUGCCAAGAAGGGCCGCUCCACCAGGGCAAAGGCUACUAAAGCUUCUCCGGUGAAGGCGGCAUCACCGGCAAAGAAAGCGUCCCCAGUGAAGGCAGCUUCUCCAGCAAAGAAAGCAUCUCCAGCGAAAAAGGCAUCUCCAGCCAAGAAAACCCGCACCACCAGGAGGAAAGCAGUAGCUGAGGAGAAGCCAGCCACUCCUGCAAAGUCCAGAAGCACGCGGGGGAAGGCCGCAGCAAAACCAGCGACUCCGACACCCAAGAAGACCAGGGGAGCGGGGAAGAAGGCCAAAUCUCCAACACCAGUAAAGAGGACCCUCAGGUCUAGAAGGAAGUGAUUUCACCUCUUUACAACCUUGUAAAUAGACAGUUUACCUCCUAUCAUACUUUUAUAUUAUCUAUAUCAGCUUUCAAAAUGGAUCAAGGUCACAGUCUGAUGUUUUAAAGUACACAGGUGUACUGUCUGAUUUGAUGACCUGCGUUAUUUUGUUAAUUUAUGCGCAAGUAAUGUUUAUUACUUUUUGUGACGCUCUCUUUAAUCGUCUUACUUAAUUAAGCUUGUCAGUUUUAGCUUGUAAUGUUUUGGCAUAUCUUCAGAUGUUUCAGCUUUGAAUAGGUUUUGACUUUUGUAGUGUGGUUUAUUAUCAGGAAGUAUAGGAAUAUCUCUAAGGCUUCAAUCAACAUGGAUAUAGAAGUAUCUAGAUUUUAAUUCUUAUAAUGUUAAGUAAAAGAGUAAGCAAUUUUAGUAAGCAACAUUUCUACCUUUCUGUUCAUGUGUUAGUCUUUGACAGUUUGUCCUGUCUUCUAAACUGUCAGCCUAGCUGUCUUCCAGUCAACUCCCUGUGUGUUUUGGCACUGUCCUGUUGGAACUUAAGUGGGAUUUGUGGUCAUGGGCUUAUACUAUUUACUGCAGUAAUGUUUAUGUUUUGAACUCCACAUGUACACGUAUUUGGACUAUGAUUUUCCUAGGCCAAACAACGAAACAUUCUGUCUGUAUGACAUGUUGGAUUGUGUAAGGUGACAGCAAUCCUCCCUGUGUGUUCAAGAAAAGCCCAACUUUGUACAUAUUUGACCACAUUUGCUGAUUAAAUAAUCUGGUGUGUUGAU